GCAGCCUCGUAUAUCUUACUCUGGACACCACAGCUAAGGACGUCUGCAGGGACAUGCUGCUGGGAGACGACUUGUCUCUGUUUGUUCAGUAUGGCGGUGAGCCAGGCAGGAGAUUGGCGUCCCAGGAGAAGCCGCUGGAGAUUCAGGAUCAAUUUCUUCAAAGGCUUGGCUACCAGGAUAUGUCCCGGCGCGCUCGUCUGGGAGUUGAUCCAGAACUCAGACAUCUCAUCGGCUUUCACGUAGGACCCGCAUCGCCAUUGCCAGAUCUGGCGGGAUACAGCCGCUGCGGCUACACUUUGGUAUUGAAGGGGUUGGUUUUUCCUCAGUGGAAGCGACGACCUCUGGCCGUAAUCGACUCCAGGCUUUUCCUUUAUCCGGCUUGUCCGGAAUCGCGAGCAGAAUGGAUGGAACUGGGCGACGGAGGUGGCGCGGUAUGCUAUGCGCCGUCACGUCUGGGCAAACUCGUUUUGCGUGUCACUGGGUUUCCCAGGGUCACUCAACAGUGCCAUGUGAGCCAACACCCCGAAGAGAGUCGCCAUCGCGAAACCAGGCAUCUGUAUCUGGGCUUCCAUCAUCCCUGGGAUCGAGACCUGUGGAAAAGCUGGAUCAAAAAGGCUACGCAGUUGCCGACAUGCCCCAAAAAGUUGGACUUGUGCAAGGCAGGCUUAUCAAGGGUCCCCGACAGCGCGAUUGCUUUCCCAGCAAUAGAGGAGCUCGCAUUAGGAUGCAACCAGUUCACUAACGUUGAUAACAAUCUGAAGCUUCUGCACAGGUUUCCCAAACUUCAUGCCGUCCAUCUGGAGAGCAACGAUCUCCACAGAGUCCCGAGGGAACUGCUGGAGCUGCCCGCGCUGACCUACCUUAAUCUCUCGGACAACAAGAUCGAGAUAAUUCCAACUGAUAUCUGCCGGCUGAUCAAUUUGAAAGAACUGAUCCUUGACCGUAAUGCCAUCAAGAACCUACCGGAUGAAGUGACACGGCUGAGAAACCUGAGGAAUAUUUCCCUUGUCGGAAAUUUACUCAACACCGUACCAUUCUUUUUCAACAUGCGAGCUCUCACUCUGACAGAAGUUCUGUCGAAGACAGAUCACGGAAAAUCUUAUAAGGAUGAGAAAACUAAUCAUAGCAAUUUGCACAAGAUCAAUCUGAGGAACAAUCAGCUGAAGGGAAACAUAAUUUUGGGAAAUUACGGUAAUCUGACGCAUCUGGACGUGAGCGAAAAUAGCAUUGAAAAAUUGGACAUCAGUGCUUUGCAAGAAUUGAGAAGCGUACGCUGCGGACGAAAUCAUUUAACGGAAUUAACACUAUGCGGCCGAAAUCUUGUAUCACUUAUCGCUGGAAACAAUAAAUUGAAGAAACUAACCGUCGAACCUGUGCCAACUAAUUUGGAGCAUCUGGAUGUCUCCUACAACAAUUUAGACGCAUUACCGGAAUGGACGACUGAACUGCCAGCAUUGCGCGUCCUUUUCGCAUCACACAACGCUCUCACGGCUCUCCCGGACAGGUUGUUGUCGCAACCCUCGAGACUGGAAGUUCUCCAUCUGCCUCACAACCGACUACAAGCCCUACCACCACCCAGGAGACCAUUGAAUAUCGUCCAUUUAACACUUCAGGGCAACAUGUUGACCACAUUGCCAACCAGUUUUUUCGCGAACACCGAAAAGAUGAAAGUUUUAAACCUCUCCAACAAUCGGCUCUCCGAACUUCCGUAUCGCGAAGAGGCCGGCAAAACUCACCAGGGAUCGCACACCUUGGAGAAAUUAUAUGUCACGGCAAAUUGUCUGACCGAUACCGCUCUAGAUGCUCUCGCCAAGUUUACGUUUCUGAGAGUUCUUCAUAUCGCUUACAACACCCUGGACACGCUUCCGGAAAGUUGCAUAGCUGCGUGGGGCGAUCUGGAAGAACUGGUGUUGUCCGGAAACCGAUUGCAGUAUCUUCCGGAUAACGUGGCAAAUCUACGACAUUUGCGCGUGCUGCGUGUGCAUUCUAAUCGGCUAUUAACGUGUCCCACCUUCAGUAGAACAACGUCCUUGAAGGUGCUGGACAUGGCGCACAAUCAAUUGGACAGGGUAAAUCUGGCCACGUUAGUACCACCGCAACUGCAAUUUCUCGAUAUAUCCUGCAACUCUCGACUGCACGUGGAUCCGCGACAAUUCCAAGACUACCGAUCCCAAAGACCGAUAUCAUUAGUGGAUGUGUCUGGACAGAACAGACCCAGUCUGCCAUCUCAUCCGCAUCAACAAGAAAUCGUUGCGGCGGAAAAGAAUACCGAACAACCAUGGCGAUUGGGUUUCUCGGAAACUGCCGGUUCGCGUGAAAAGCUAUACAUUUCCCAAGUGCGAAUGCCGUCCUUUUGUAACAUCGAGGGUCUGUUCGGCAUAUUCGACGGUGGUUCCAACCAGGAGGCACCUAGCGCCCUUCAAGAAAUGAUCCCUCGUCUCCUGCUGGAAGAACGAACGAUCCGAGAAACAUCAAAAGAAUAUUUGAAAUACACCCUGCUGUCGGCACAUAGGGAGCUCAAAGAAAAGGGCCAAAAGUACGGCGUAGACGCAACUCUGGUUCACGUAGUAAAACUGCCGUCGCAGCAAGGAUAUCCAAAAUCCUCGACCAAAUAUUCUCUGAGAGUGGCUUCUACCGGAGAGGCCAAAGCUGUUCUCUGUCGAGCCGCGGGUCCCUUGACCUUUGCCAAGUUGAAGAAGGCUCAAACAGUUAAGAACCAACUUGGUAAUGCUGCCAUGUUUCCAUUAGUGCUGCCUGAUCCGAUAUACGAGGAAGUAACGCUGGAGGACGACGAUGAGUUUGUCAUAGUCGCUAAUCGGAGAUUAUGGGAGGUCCUGAGUGUCCAGGAGGCUGUGAGGGAGGCCAGAGCCGAGGCCAGUCCUGUUCUGGCCGCCAAAAGGCUUCAGGAUUUGGCGCAGGCUUACGGCGCGGAGGACAAUUUGAGUAUCAUCGUCGUCCGAUUGGCAGGACCAAGUCCGGGCGAUAUGGAUCAGCUCAUGCGUGAGCUCAGACAUGCCGUUGGUAAAAACAGGAGCCAAAACGAUAGCGUGUGUCCUUGUCCUUGUUGCGUGCCGCCAGCGGCACAUAAGCCACCGGCUGCCUGCUGCUGUCACGCGAACGAAGGCUAUUAUCUUAAUGGCGUGUUGAAGAAUAUUGUAGGGAGAUCCAAUAAGGUACACGGUUCCGGAAGGUACUUCAAGAACUCCAGAUCGACGCAGGAGAACGAAAGUCCUCCAUACAGAGACGACCGCAGUUCGCCAAGUGGGCAGUCCGAUCAAGCCAGUGACAGCACUUUCAAGUCUCGUCAUCCAUCCGGAAGGAUGUGGUCCGGAAGUGCGGCUGCCAGGGCGACAAAUAAGGCUCAUCAAAGUGUUCUCAUGCAGGAAAAUGGUCUUCGAAAAGCAUCACCUUGCCUUCCUACGCAAGAGGAUGCUAUCUCGGAAAGAUCCAGCGCACUCAGCGAGGAACAAUUUCGUUGCUGGGAAUAUAUGCUCGAGCAGAACACUCAACUGUUAUUCGACAAAGAGUUGGACACGUUAACGAAGGCGCCGUUGCAUCGCGGCCAGUCAAGGUCGACGCCGCAGCUGGGGAGCAAUCUGCCCUUCCUGUCGAAGAGGUUCGGCAGCGCCCGAUCCUUCAACCCUUCGUUACCACGACCGCCGAUGGUCCGUUUCGGCAGCGGACGAAGAUUGCUGAACGGCGGACCAAACGCCGCCUACUUCGGCAGCCUGCAAAGGCUGAUGCCGUACAAUCUCGAGUAUGACUUCGCCGUUAUCCAGGAGAGAAACGGCAUGGACUCGUUGGAGCAGGAUGCCACGAGGAUGCAGCAGUAUUGGGGAGUUGCCACCACGGAGCUAUAGAUGAGGAUCUGCAUGCAAAGAUACUAGGAAUAAGGUAGAAGUGCAAAAAAGAAAAAAAUCAACAAUUCGGUACUAGAUGUCACCUAAAUGUGAUAACGUUUAUGUAAAUAUUUUGAAGAAGUUUCCUUUUUGUUUUAUGCAUAAUGUAAUAUGCGAGUGUCGUGCCAAUGCGGAAAGCAUAUGCAGCUUUCAUAUCAUUGUCACCGUAUCUGAUUGCGGAGUAUAGUGUGGAAAUUCGUCGCGUCAAACUAUUUACAGAUUAAGGCGAUAAAUUAAUUUGCACUUACUUAUCAACAAUCCAAUGUAACCAAAAUGAUUUAUCGUGGAAGGCUCGACGGUGCAAAGUAAUUACAUCUCUGUACUCUAAUUAACAUCAGCUGACAGAGUAAUUAAUGGAAUACAAUGCGACGGAGCGAAGAGCUAAUCGUCAACAAACGCGCGGUAAUAUCGAUCGUGUUGAUAACAAUGGCACCGCCAAGAUAAGCUAUGAAGUUCCUCGAAUCUUGUGCAAGGAAAGACGGCGAGAUUUGUACCGCUCACUUCGGUAAUUCGCUCGUUUAUUGCAGCUGAUACGCGUGCAAUAAAGGAACGGCGGAAACCACUGUGCUGCCUUUAUGCUACACAAAGCUCGCCUUAUUUCUUUAUAACGGUAGACACGCGGAAGAUCUAUAUCUGCUUUAUUGCGGAACGACUUUACGACGCUGAGUGACUCCGCCGUAGAAAAUAAGCAAUCGAGGAAAA